AUGCGCCGCUUCGACAAGCCCUUUCAAGGCAUGGACGUGCUGCUCUGUGGUGACCUUUGCCAGCUGCCACGUGUUGGAGCCACAGAAAUAUACAAGAGCGGUAAGAAGCAGGUCUGCAUGCAAACCGACAUGCUGUGGCAGCACUUCCGACUACCGUCCACUUGUGCAGAGGUAAUGCGCCAGAAAGAGGUCUUCUUCUCCACGCUGCUUACCAAGAAUGGCAAUGGCGAUUCGCAAGACGAAGAGGACGUACGCAUGCUGCAGUCGCGUUUUGUGACCACAGCCGUCGCAAAAUAUCUGUGCCCUGGCGGGGUCCGGUUCUUUUACUCUAAUAACGACGCUGAUGCACACAACAGUUCUCUGGUCACUGGAGACUCAAGCAUGGUGGUGUCAAAUGCAGACGAAAUCAUAAUCAGCCACAAAUCGCAGAACCAGUACGACAAUGCCAAGGUGAACCUCGCGACCAUGAAACUGUGCGACACGGGUGGUGUUCCCGCACGCAUCUCUAUCUGCGUCGGUAAGCUGUAUAUGCUUACGGCCAACGUGGACGUUAUGGACGGACUGGUGAACGCAUGCUACAUACAGCACGACAAGGAAGGAAACAAGGUGGAACGCCUCCGGCUUGACUUCUCAUUCGAGACGGCUGGCCGAUUGACAAGGCUCAAAGUGGCCCCAGUGAGGGCCGCAUUCUCAGGUAUCAGCGCUGAUUGGGCGCCCAUCGGGCGACGUGCCAUCAAUGUGACCCCCUGCAAGCGCACCCACUUCCUCCUGGUCCAAGCGAGCGCAACAAUGAUACACAAAUCUCAGGGCGCGACCUACGGCAAGGUGGUGUACUCAUAUGACAAGGCCCACCCACUUCGCCUUGUGUACGUUGUGCUCUCGCGGGCCACCAGCCUCGACGGCCUCUUCCUCACAAACAAACACAAUGAUUUCCGCUUCUUCCCACACGCGUGGGGCAGAAGACCAGUCACUGCAUGA